CAAACGGUCCCAGGCGGCAGAUCAGCAUUUGUUUUUGUGUUUUGUUGAUUUUACCAAGGAGACGCCGAAAAUUCGAAACAGUUCCAAAGUUAUAAAGGGAGAGUGCUGUUAUUUCAAUUUUAGAAAAAUCUGCGAAUAUUCCUCUAUCGCCUGAAGUUACCAGUACCAAGUGAUAAUUUAAUUGUGCCAGAAAAUUUUGUAUACAUAGGAACUUGGAUAUACUUUAGGUUGCAAUAUUUAGAGUGGACUUAAAUCCCUGUGCUCCACCUAUAUUCCCGAGAGUUAUCCUUUUUACCUAUCCCAAUUAUCCUUAAGUCUAUCCCUAUUCAUAAAAUGAUUUUCUGGUUUAAGCACUGACAUGUGUCAAAAGAUUUCAGUACAGAACCGCAACCCGAGUUGCCGCUGCUGAUACGAUGGAUAGCGAUUUUACAUUCCCUGGAUGUUCAAACGAUCUUGAUCGUGAUGUCAAAGCAGCCCUCCAAAAGGUUUAUAACAUUAAAAGUUCGGCUUCUCGACCAUUUUUUACCACAAAUAUUAAUUUAAUUGAAAAUCCUAUAUCUUUUAGUAAUCUUAUCUAUGGAGACAAGGAUGAAGCAUGCAGUACACAGAAUAACAGAGUCAAACCUUGGGAAAUAUGUGCAGUGCACAUGAAUAAUAUUGAAUUUCCGUGGUUAGUUGAAGAUCCUGAAGUUGUAACGCCUUUCUGUCAUCCUCAAUCCUUUCUUAAUGAAAACAUGACAGAAUUUAGACAUAGACUUUCCCCAACUCGUGAUGUAGAUAGUGACAGUGACAAUGACAGUUUUUUAAAUAGUGAGAUUCUUAAACGGAUGGAAAAUGUCAAUGCAGAAUGCCAGACUUCCAGAAUAUCCACAAUCAGUGAGACGAAACAAAUUAAAUUGAAAAUUGAGAGUUCCAAAACUGAUGAUAUUUCACUAUUAAAAAAAAGAGUAUGUAAAGCACUUGAAGAUGCUAUGAGAACAAAUUCGUCAAAGGCAGAUUUAAAGAUUCUGAUUAAGUUUAAUAAAAGUUCGGACGAUUUGUCCACAUCGUCAUCCAUUGAGAGUAGAGUGAGUGCGAGUACAGAAAAUGAGUCCUCACAAUCUUCUUCUAGCAAGGAAAACUAUUUCUUUGGCACUAUACCAAGUUCAGCAGCUGCUCAAGCAAAAUUGACUAGACAAUCUAAUAUUGUCCAAGAAAAACAUGCAGUUUUCCAGAGUAAGGUUAAAAAUAUUACAGCAAGCAGUAGCUUAUAUAAAAAAAAAAUCAAGAAGAAGAAGCAAUUCAGAAAUUUGCCAGAAGUAAAUGGAAACGUAAUUCAAGUAAAUAAAAAGAGAGACGCAAAUCAUUCCAAAGAUAUUCAGUUUACCCCUGGCACAACUGAAAAUUGUCCCUUAGCUUCAAAAGUUAUACCUGAUAAUGAAGUUCCUAAAACUGUAUCCCUUACUCAGAAUGAACUAACAGAUAGUGAACCUCAGAGGUUCCCUGUUGAAGAAAAUAAAAAAAAUGGGCCUGUGUCACAAACUUACCAUUCAGUAUGCCUAAAAAAAUUCUUGGAGGAAAAACAUAAAAGGUGUCUUGUGGAUAGAGAAACAGAAAAUAAUUCUACAACAGCUAACCACAGUGCACAAGAAGUACUAAUAGAAAACCAACCAUUUAAUUGCAAGGAAAAAAGAACUGAAAUCACUUAUUUGCCUAAAAUGGUAAUGAAGGGGCCAUUGAUAGACAAAUUUAUGAGAAGUAUACAAAGAAAACCUAACAGGGCCUCGGGAGAAGAACAGCCCAAUUCAUUUGAUGAAAUUGAGGUAGUUUCCAGUGGUCCCAAUAAACAAAAAUGUUCUCAAAUGGAAGUUAGUUCCAGUGAAACCAGUUCACAAGAAAGCUCCAUCCACAGUCAACAAGAAGAAAACACUGAAACAGAAAACAAUUCCAUUGUUUCAAGUAUACAAGAAACUUUCUUUGGGGACAGUUCUCCUGAGACCAGCCAGGAAGCAGAUCGUGAAUUCAGAUUCACUGAUGAGAUUUUAGAUGACAUUAUGUUAGAUAUAAAGAUACAAAAACGUAAAAAUAAAAAAAUCAGGAAUAAUAAUCGUUCUUCCUCAAGAAAAAGGAUUGCUUGGUCUUCAAGCAGUGUCAAACGGUCAAAAAGAACCAAAUCUUUACCUCCUGACUAUUUUCACCGUAAACCUCUUGUUAAGCAAUCCAACGAUACGUCUGGCAAUCAGAGUAUGCCAUGUUCAAGUACAGCUUCUCAGUGGUCGAAAACAUUUAAAAGAAGAUCUAGAGAACGGACAAAAUCUGGCAGCAGUAAAUUAUCAAUGGUUCCAAAAAAAUCUGCUCAAGUACAUGAUACUCAUGAAGAAACAAAGCCAAGCGAACCUAAACCUCUUAGCAGUGAUGACGACGUAAUCGUUAUUAAUAGUUCACAAGAAUCAGAUUAUACUACUAUUGAACCAAUUGCUAAAUUAGCCCCUUUAUUACAAAAGCCGUUUGCUACUGUAAAACCUUGUAAAAGUUCAUUACCUCAAAUUCAAAGUACUCAAGCCAAAGGAACCAAUCUCUCGGUAAGUAAUAGUAACUCCACUGAGCACGUUGCUCUUGUUGACAAUAAACAGACCAGCGUUUCUAAAGAACAUCCUAAAUCUACAACAUCUCCCCAAACCUUACCUGAAAGUUCCUCAGAAAUUCCAAGCGUAAGCCCAAAUAAACUAGUCACAAAACAAGUAGCGUCUUCCCGUAAAACAAAGAAGAAAGUCGAAAAACGCGUGCAUCGAUGGGAUUCAGAUUCAAGCAUUGAAGCUCUAACUUAUAUGUCGUUUAAAGAGUUCAUGGCAAGAAAGCGUGCAAGGGAAAAAGAAAGGGAAGAAGCAAGGCUUGCAAAGACCCCUAAUAAACCAACUAUUCUAAAGAAAUCUUCGACAAAAAUUAAUAGCGUUAAGAAAACUGUCAGAUUUAAGGAUAUUGAAGUGGACGAGGAUAAGAUAAGGCCCAAACUUAUUAGUCCUAAGAGAAAAGCAAAGAUGCAACAAUUGAAACCUGUUGAAAAACCAGCAUUUGCAAGAAAAGUUCCUCUCAAUAUUCAGAAUGCUGUUGAAGAUUCCUGCAGUGGAAGUUCUCAGAACAGUAAAGUGAUUAAUCCUAAGAAAAAGGAGACAAUGCAACAAGUGGAACCUGUUGAAAAACCAGCAUUUGAAAGAAGAGUUCCACUCAAUAUUCAGAAUGCUGUUGAAGAUUCCUGCAGUGAAAGUUCUCAGAACAGUAAAGUGAUUAAUCCUAAGAAAAAGGAGACAAUGCAACAAGUGGAACCUGUUGAAAAACCAGCAUUUGAAAGAAGAGUUCCACUCAAUAUUCAGAAGGCUGUUGAAGAUUCCUGCAGUGGAAGUUCUCAGAACAGUAAAGUGAUUAAUCCUAAAAAAAAGGAGACAAUGCAACAAGUGGAACCUGUUGAAAAACCAGCAUUUGAAAGAAGAGUUCCACUCAAUAUUCAGAAGGCUGUUGAAGAUUCCUGCAGUGGAAGUUCUCAGAACAGUAAAGUGAUUAAUCCUAAGAAAAAGGAGACAAUGCAUCAAGUGGAACCUGUUGAAAAACCAGCAUUUGUAAGAAAAGUUCCACUCAAUAUUCAGAAUGCUAUUGAAGAUGUCUGUAGUGGAAGUUCUCAGAACAGUAAAGUGAUUAAUCCUAAGAAAAAGGAGACAAUGCAACAAGUGGAACCUGUUGAAAAACCAGCAUUUGUAAGAAAAGUUCCACUCAAUAUUCAGAAUGCUAUUGAAGAUGUCUGUAGUGAAAGUGCCCAGAACAGUAAAUUUAUUAAUCCUAAGAAAAAGGCAACAAUGCAACAACAGGAACCUGUUGAAAAACCAGAAUUUGAAAGAAGAGUUCCACUCAAUAUUCAGAAGGCUGUUGAAGAUAUCUGUAGUGAAAGUGCUCAGAACAGUAAAUUUAUUAAUCCUAAGAAAAAGGCAACAAUGCAACAACUGGAACUUGUUGAAAAACCAGCAUUUGAAAGAAGAGUUCCACUCAAUAUUCAGAAGGCUGUUGAAGAUAUCUGUAGUGAAAAUGCUCAGAACAGUAAAUUUAUUAAUCCUAAGAAAAAGGCAACAAUGCAACAACUGGAACCUGUUGAAAAAUCAGCAUUUGAAAGAAAAGUUCCACUCAAUAUUCAUAAUGCUGUUAAAGAUGCAUGCAGUGGAAAUUCUCAGAAUAGUAAAUUUAUUAGUCCUAAGAAAAACGCAACAAUGCAACAAUUGGAACCUGUUGAAAAAUCAACAUUUGAAGAAAAACUUCCUCUUAAUAUUCAGAAUGAUGUUGAAGAUGCCUGCAGUGAAAGUUCUCAGAACAGUAAUUUACAAUCAAGUGAGACUGACAGUCUGAAGGAUGAAAUAAAAACUGACCAUAAUGUCCAUAGUUUACCCUUUAUGAAAAAACGUGGGAAGAAAAAACGGUCCUUGGAUAGAAUGAAGAGGUUAGAGGAAGACGACGGGCUUUUCAAUGUUCGUGUAAUACUCAGUCCUGUGGAACUCGCUUUAAAAGAACAAAGGGACUACACGGUAGGGACAUUUGUUUGGGCCGCGAUAUCCGGAUACCCUUACUGGCCCGCUAUUAUUUGCGAAGAUCCAGUUACCCAAAAACAUAUUUCUAAAGGUAAACAUAAGAAAAAAGUUAUCAAGUAUCAUGUAAGAUUUUUUGGAGACGCGGGAAGGCGGGCAUGGGUCCACCCAAGCCACUUGAUGAUGUAUUGCAGUCCAGAGGAUCUGGAGAUGCUUAGAAAUAAAUUUCUAAUGGAGAGUAAAGAUCCUAAGCGGGUCAAAAACUACACGGUACCUCGAUUAUACCGAAAGAAAUGGAAUCUCGCUGUCGAGGAACUCGAGAUGAACAAGUGUAAUUCGUACAGGAAAGUUAUGAAAUUUUUGGCUCGAUCGUGUUCAUCCAGCCGUAAGCAGAAAGCAAAAUCCAAUGCGGUUUCAAAGGUAGUUUCACCUGAUACUUCUGCCGAAGUCUCACGUGCUACCCCCGCCGAAAUCUCAGCUGAUACUCCUGCCGAAGUCUUACCAGAUACUUCCGCCGAAACUCUCCAGUCUAAAGACAAAGAUGAGAACUUUGACAAAUCUGGAAAUACAAUGAAAGAGAUGUGCAGUGUAUUACCAACUCCUGAUAAUAGCACUGAAAUUAAUGUUUCAAAUGUACUAGUACAAGACGAGCUGCUGUCUGAAAUGGCUAAUAUUUCUUCAAGCAGUAAGAUUCAGGAGAUAGAUGUUCCCUCUGAUCGUAUGCAAGGCACUGCAGGCCCUUCAGAUGCUGAAAGAAGUUUACAAGAUUCAGUAAAUAGUCCAAGAAGGUCUGGAAGGAGUCUAAAAUCAGUUCAAAGGAUUAACAUGCAAGAAUUAAGGGAAAUACCUUCUGUAACAGAUAUUGGUGGAAAUUCUGAAAACAUAUCUGUCACUGAAGGAGCAACUGCUGAAGGUGCCCAUGAAAAGAAAGAAGAUAGUCCGAGAAAAAGGCCAAAAGUGGAAGUUGAUCCUCAUAUGUAUACAUUUAAAUAUCAGAAGGAGCUUCAUAAAAGAAAUAACUUGUUUAACGGGCUUCGGAAUACUAAGGUCUGUGACUACUGCUUUAAACAAGGAGAACUUUUUAAGUGCAAGGGAAGAUGUGGUCUCUUCUUCCACCUAGAUUGCGCAUCUAGGGUGGACAAACCGCUAAUAAGCACACGCAACAGAAAAAAGAACGCACUGAAGACAGCUCCCAAUGCAAAAAAUGAAAAUUGUCUCGUAACGAGGAGGCAGAAUCAGUCGUCCGUUGAAAUUGUUACUAUAAAAACUAAAAACUUUUCAGUCCCUAUUUCACCCAAAGAGGAUUUGCCUGAGAACUAUAGCGAGUUGUCUGUGACUGACCAGAUUGAUUUGCGUAUGCAGGCAUUAAUGAGCAAAUAUGAUGGGCAAUCAACUUAUCAUAACGACUCUACAGACUCUGAGGCAAGUUCUACCGGGGGGCUUUCUAGUAGAGCCCCAUCAGAAGAGAGCAUUCUAAGUACACCAGAUCCAAGUAAAAUUCGAUCUUCUGACUCUCCAAUAUCCACCGCUUGUAGCGAUGGAUCGAUUAUCGAUGAAGAAGAAAAGAGUUCAGGUAAAAUUUUAACGCCUGAAGAAUUGCUACAAGGCAAUGCAGAGCUGUUAAUACCACCUUCAACUUCACACAUGAAACAUGUUACUGCUGAUUCUCAUAUAGUUCCGCUACCCAAUACGAGUACGCCAGAGGUUUUAAAUAUUAAAUGUGCCUAUUGCUUAAAUAAUAAAGAGCCACCUUGUUUUGUAUGCGGAUUGGAGGUGUCAAGAAGAGGUGAAACUACCAGGCAAAAGUGUACCCAAAACAGAUGUGGUCGCUUUUACCAUCCGGGUUGUCUUAAAAAUGUGCCCCAAACUAAGUGGGCCAUUGGGAAAUGCAUAAAAGGUGAUCCAUGCACGGACUACUUUACAUGUCCAACACACGCCUGUCAUACCUGUUACUCUGAAGAUUUGGGAUCAGCAUUUGCAGGCUGCAGAUUACCAGGCGACAAGAUAGCUAGAUGUCUAUUGUGCCCUGCUGCUUUCCACACAUCUACGUUUUGCAUACCGGCCGGUACCGAGGUGUUUGGCGCCUCUCAGAUUAUAUGCCCGAAGCAUAGGACAAUACCGGUUCAACCCAUCAAUACAAUAUGGUGUUUUAUUUGUGCCAAAGGAGGAAAUUUAAUAUGUUGCGAAAAUUGUCCUACAAGCGUUCAUUUAGAAUGUCAACCUAAUCUUCAUCUCGAUGAUGAUGAUAGGUAUAUUUGCGAAGACUGCGAAUCCGGACGUUUUCCUUUAUACGACGAAAUCGUAUGGGCGAAGUUAGGACACUAUCCGUGGUGGCCGGCCGUUAUACUCUUCCCUAACGAAAUACCUACAAACGUAUUCAUUUUGCGAAAACACAGAGGAGAUUUCGCUGUUAGGUUUUUCGGAACGAAUGAUUAUUAUUGGGCGAACAAAGGAAGAGUUUUCUUGUUCCAAGAAGACGAUAAAGGAGGAAGUCCCAGCGAUACAAAACUUAAGAAAAAGUCAGCUAUAGUUUUUGAAAAAGCCGUCGCGGACGCAAAGAUUGUUUAUAAACUAAAAAAAGAAUUCAAAGUACAAACAGAAGCUUUAUGCGUUGACAGAUUAAAGCCUCCACCAUAUGUAAAAAUAAAUAAGAAUAAGCCCGUAGGAAAUGUAAAAUCGCUAGAAUUAAACUUAAGUAACGCCACUGCCUGUGACUGUGAUCCUAGUAGAACUAAUCCUUGUGGACCAGAUUCCAGCUGUAUAAAUAGGUUAUUACUAACUGAAUGUGACCCGCAAUUAUGCCGUGCAGGUGAAAGAUGUGGAAAUCAAUCAUUCCAAAAACGAAUUUAUCCUCCACUAACUGCUUAUUCAACGCAAGGUAGGAAUUCGGGACGAGGUUGGGGCUUAAAAUGCUUAGGACCCAUUAAAAAGGGCCAGUUCAUUAUCGAAUAUGUCGGGGAACUAAUAGACACCGAAGAAUACCAAAGAAGAAUUCAACAAAUGCACGAAAAGAAGGAGGAAAACUAUUAUUUCAUGACGGUUGAUAGUGAACGUGUUAUUGAUGCCGGUCCAAAAGGUAACCUAUCUAGAUUUAUGAAUCACUCGUGCAAUCCAAACUGCAUAACACAAAAGUGGACUGUAAAGGGUGACACGAGAGUAGGUAUUUUUUCCAAAUACGAUAUCCAACCAGACUCGGAAUUAACGUUCAACUACAAUCUGGCAGUGGUUGGUCAAGAAAAGAAACCCUGCAAAUGUGGCGCGUCAAACUGCAGCGGAUUCAUCGGAAAAUUUCCGUUAACAGGUGUAAAGCCAGAAAAAGCAGAAGCGUUACCUUUGGAACUGCGAAAAUCACGUAAAUCUGGUAAAAAAAGGACGCUUGCACCAUCACCAUCUACAACCUCUCCAUCAUUUUCACAAGUCUGUUUCAAAUGUAAUAAGAAAAACACAGAUAUAACGUGCGUCAACAAAGCUUGCUUGCAAAGUUUCCAUUUGCAAUGCGUCAAUCUUGAUGAGAUGCCUGACGCAUCAACUGUUUCCAAAUUUUCAUGUCCCCGUCAUAAUUGUGCAGCAUGCUCUAAUCGGACCCAGCGGUGUUGUAGUAAAUGCAUGACUGCCUUCUGUCCGUCCCAUGCAGAAGGCAAAAUCCGACGUUCCAAUAGCAAUGGAUAUGUGUGCACGUCGCACGAUCCCGAAUUCAGUGUUGUCGACCGGAUGGUAAAAACAGUCAAAAGAAAGCGCACAAACGAGACAGAUGAGACAGUCUCAUCGACUACGGAGGAAAUCGUCAACGGUGAAGAAGCCUCUACUUCUCACCCACCAUCAAAAUACAAAAAGUCCGAUUAUUGUUAUGAAGAUUUGAAUUUAGAAGAUUUAAAUUUGCUAUCAUCAUCACCAUUAAAAUAUUUAGAAGACGAGAGCACGGGUAGCAGCGCCGCAGAUGACGUGUUCGGACUAAGUCUUGGACGUAGGCUAAAAAAAUUGAAAAAAGCUGAAUUGAGGGAGAAGAUUAGGAUUAGUGUUGGGAGCCUAUGUGGAAAGUUCUCGCCUAAAAAAUAAAUUCGAAAUUGUUUGUUCUGCAAGGAGACUAUUCCAUUUUACUUCUAACGACAUAUUACUGCCAAAUCUUAGGACUUUUUUAUGUAUUUUAAGCACUUGUUUGGCUUUAAUGUAAUUCCGGCAGUGUAUUAAUUAUUAGUAAUAUAGGUAGUUUAAAUAUUUAAUGAAAUAUCUAUCCAAAGGAAGUCAUCAAAAAUUAAUGGUACACAUAAAAUGCCCUUGAAUAGUGCAGUUUAUGCCACUACUUCUUAUCAUAAUUAAACCACCGAAAGAAUCAUGUUGGCAUAAAUUAACAAAUAGUAUAGCGUUUUGUGGCCAUUUUUUUAUAUAAACGAACUUUUGGUCGAACCUUUACAGAAAAAGGUGGAACACAAUGGAAGUUGUAUAGAUAUUAAAAGACUCUUAGGUUAAUAAUGUUUCGUGCAGUUGCGGCAUAUAAAACUAAAAAAAAAAAUUAAAAAAGUUAGUUUAAUAUUUUGUUAAAUGUUCAGAAAUGUGGUUUUAAGAAAUAGUUCUCGAUGAUUCGUUUUUUAAAUUUCUACUACAGGAAACGAAGUCUAUCACUUACCAUACUUCACGUUAUGUAAUGUUUUAAUUUAAUCUCGUUAUUGUGUUUUUCUUGGCAUUUUACCAAAUUAUGGGUGUUAAUAACACUAGGCAAUAUAAACUGUCAAAGGUUAUAUAAGAUUAUUUGGGGUUAUUUACUAAAAAAAAUUGCAUUUUUACUUUUAAAGUUAUGUAUAGCAUGCGAUUUUUUUGGUCUUUUCUGCAUAUUUGUAUCAAUUGGUGCCCUUCUUCUUUCUGAAAAUAAGCUAGUAAAAGGUCACCUAGUAUUUAUCGGAAAAGUCAAAUAAAGUUAUAAACGUUUUUAGUGAAUAUGGUGUUCUAUUUGACUUAAAUAAGGAAAUCGACAAUCUUAUAUAACCAUUGAAUGUGUAUUACUCAUUCGCAAAUCUUAGUAAAUACGGGUAAAAAAGUAUGAAGUCUCAAGUGAUUAUUACCUAAAAAAAUACUUUUCUGGUUUGAUCUGUUUUCUAUAUGCAUUUAUUAACACCCCAGUUAAUCCUUAGUUACUAUUUCAUGCAUUAGAACUGUAACAGAUGCACCAAAGGUCAUUAUUAUAGAUUAAGUGUUAGUUAACAUUUUGCACAAUAUUUCAUAAGAAAUUAAUUGUGCUCAUGUUAUAGAACCUAAUGAUUCCUGUUCAAUUGUGUUUUGAAAAUAUCCUAUAGUUUCAUCAGAAUUAAAGUUUAUAUAGUGUCAAUAAUAAUUAGACUAUUGUAUUUUAGGUGUUCUUGCAUUUUCAAUUUAACCUUUUUGUUAUUUAGUCAUAGUUUUGUUAUCGAAUUCAAUGAACAUUA